AUUAACAAAGUGAUCUACACUCAUUGACUUUCAGUGUGUUCAUAAGCAUCGUAAAAUCUUUUUCAGCCUGACACAAUAACAUAAUACCUUUAUGAAAACAGUAAUACAAUCUACAAGUGAGUGCACUAUUCAGAGGAUGCAGUCCAUUUCAGUGAAAGGGAUUUAAUCUGUUAGACAUCAGCUUUGCACAAACUCCAUUGACAAUGAGCUGUUUGCAUUGUUUGUUGAAAUAAAUUCUAUGCAAUCUGAUGUAGCUCAUGGAAUGGAUGUUUCUUUUGUAGUAUAUGUUUUGUUGAGUUGAUGUUUAAUUGGCUUCCGGUCCACAGUUAUGGAGCUUUGACUUGAAGGGUUAUGGCUGUUCUAGUAAAUGUCAUUCAAUCUCAAACUUACAAUAAGAAAGUUCUCUCUCUCUCUAUGGUUGUGACAGACCACUUAUAGCCCCUCUGCUGGCCAGACCUGGUAUCUGAUACGUGAGUUCAGAUCCAGGAAGUGAAAUGUUAUAUGGGUUAGUGGGAGUCACUCCUAAGCCUACUCCUCAGCACAAUUGGAAACGAAACUCAUCUCUUCAGCUCAGUCUGCUUGCGUUUCAAAAUGGCAGAAGCCAUGGACUCAAUCAGUUGUUCAAUCUGUUUGGAGAUACUGAAGGAUCCAGUGACUAUUCCCUGUGGACACAGCUACUGUUUGGACUGUAUUAAAUGCUUCUGGGAUCAGAAGCUUGUCUGCAGCUGCCCCCAGUGCAGACAGAUCUUCCCUCCAAGGCCUGUUCUGAACAAAAACACUGUAAUUGCAGAAUUGGUGGAAACACUGACAGAAAUUAAUACGAAGAAGAUGCAGGAGGUGAGACAUAAGAUGAAGGUUGUUUCACCUCCUGACCCCAAUACCAGAGAGGAGUUCUUGAAAUAUUCCUGCCAGCUCACAUUGGACCCCAACACAGCUAAUAGAUAUCUGCAUCUGUCUGAGGGGAACAGGAAGGUGACCAGGAGUGAAAAUGCUGAGUCCUAUCUUCACCAUCCAGACAGAUUUAACUUCUACUGCCAGCUGCUGUGUAAAGAGGCUUUGUCUGGAACCUGCUACUGGGAAGUAGAAAGGAGUGGGAGCAAGUGUAAAGUUGCCGUGUCUUAUAAAGGGAUCUGCAGGAGAGGAAAUGGAGUGGAUGUUAGCUUUGGACGAAAUUAUCAGUCCUGGACUUUGGUCUGUGAUCCGUCUAUCUGCUUUUUCAGGCACAAUAAUAUCAAUACUGAUAUCCCUACCCCCUGCUCCUCCAGAGUAGGAGUGUACCUGGACCACAAGGCAGGAACUCUGUCCUUCUACAGUGUCUCUGACAAGAUGACCCUCCUCCACAGAGUCCAGACCACAUUCACUCAGCCCCUCUACCCUGGAUUCUGGGUUGGUCCUGGUUAUGGAUCAUCUGUGAAGAUACUGACACCAAUAUAGUAAAUUAACAAAGUGAUCUACACUCAUUGACUUUCAGUGUGUUCAUAAGCAUUGUAAAAUGUUGUCACUGAAAGGGAUUGAUUCUAAUGUUAGGCAUCAGUGUACACAAAUUACUAUACCCUGUUCAAAGGCACUUAAAUAUUGCCCGUUCACCUUCUGAAUGGCACACAUACCCAAUCCAUGUCUCAAGGCUUAAACAUCCUAAUUUAAUCUGUCUCCUCCCCUUCAUCUACACUGAUUGAAGUGGAUUUGACAAGUGACACCAAAAAGGGAUCAUUGCUUUCUCCUGGAUUCACCUGGUCUAUGCCAUGGAUAAAGCACUUGCGUUUCAAAAUGGCAGAAGCCAUGGACUUGAUCAGUUGUUCAAUAUGUUAGGAGAUACUGAAGGAUCCUGUGACUAUUCCUUCUGGACACAGCUACUGUAUGGACUGUAUUGAAGGCUACUGGGAUCUGGAUGUCCAGAAGCUUGUGUGCAGCUAGCCCUUGAUCAUGACUCUCUGUUGCAUUACAUUACACAUAAAAGUCAUUGGACGGUGCCGUUUUCUGUAAGGGGGAAAAUAUGUUAAGAGCCAUGACGCUCUUUCCGAACAAUAUCAUGCAUCACUUGCGGUACAGUUUUGGAAGCAUAAGGACCUUGUAUUUCACAUCGGCAAGAAAUUAUUUAAAAAAAACAAAAGGUUAAAUUGAUGCACAAUUUUAUAGGGUUACGAUUCCCACACGGACAACAGGCGGAAGACCAACUGGACUACCUGUGCUAAUUAGCUAUAUGCGUCUUUCGAACACCUGUGUAUAAAUGGAAGACGGAGGCCACACACGUGUUGUCCCUGUCAGCUACAACUGUGUUAAAACCGAUUAAAACAGUAUACGGUGAGUGUG